UCAUUACUUCUACAGCCAGAACCUAGCAUCUGAUGAGAAUGUGGGUAAUCUUACUAUGGACUUAUUUGGAGCUGCUAAAUUCUAUUUCUUUAACGUGAUUCCAAGCCUGCCGUUUCUACUGAUGCUGGUACCUCUUAACAAAAAGUGUCCAUUAUUAUGCCAUUAUAUUGAUUUCAUUCAUACUAAGGAAAAGAGAAGAAUCUGAUUAUCUGCGUCUUUCCCUUCCAGGUCAUCAGGCAGAAAUAGUUUGUCGUCUUUCACUGUAGAAUUCAGAAUCCUUUAGAGCAAUCAUAUGCAAAGAUAGAACAUUAUGUGCUGCCCAGAGAACAUUUUACUUAAUAUUUAUUGUAUUUUUCCAGACUAUAAUUGCAUAAGUUUGUCACAUGAAGUGGUAAUACUAUUCCCUGAUUUCACUUUUAGUUAUGUAAUGCUGCUAUGUUUCUACAUUACUGAGAUUAGACUAAUAAAAUAGCAAUGUACCCUUCUAUAUGAUUAUGAAUUAUGUGUUUGUUUAUGGAUGAAAUUUCCAAAGCAUACAUUCUCUUUAAAUUCUUAACUUUAGGAGAACAGAAUGGCAACAGAAAUCCUGGUGGUUUACAGAUUGGUGAUCUAGUAAACAUUGAUCUUGACUUAGAAAUUGUUCAGUCAUUGCAACAUGGUCAUGGAGGAUGGACUGAUGGAAUGUUUGAAACCUUAACAACUACUGGCACAGUUUGUGGAAUAGAUGAAGAUCAUGACAUUGUUGUACAAUAUCCAAGUGGGAAUAGAUGGACCUUUAACCCUGCUGUUCUUACUAAAGCCAAUGUUGUCCGAAGUGGAGAUGGUGUGCAAGGUGCUGAAGGUGGUGCUUCACAAUUUCAAGUGGGUGAUCUUGUCCAAGUUUGUUAUGACUUAGAAAGAAUUAAGUUGCUUCAAAGGGGACAUGGUGAAUGGGCUGAAGCAAUGCUUCCUACCCUAGGUAAAGUUGGAAGGGUCCAGCAGAUCUACUCGGAUAGUGACUUAAAAGUAGAGGUUUGUGGAACGUCUUGGACAUACAAUCCAGCUGCUGUGUCAAAGGUAGCCUCCGCAGGAUCAGCUAUAAGCAAUGCAUCUGGUGAGAGAUUGUCCCAGUUGCUGAAAAAAUUAUUUGAAACUCAAGAAUCUGGGGAUCUUAAUGAGGAGCUGGUUAAAGCAGCUGCUAAUGGGGAUGUAGCAAAAGUGGAAGAUUUGCUUAAAAGACCUGAUGUGGAUGUGAAUGGACAAUGCGCUGGACACACUGCUAUGCAGGCUGCAAGUCAAAAUGGACAUGUCGACAUUUUGAAAUUGCUUCUGAAACAGAAUGUGGAUGUAGAAGCAGAGGACAAAGAUGGAGACAGGGCUGUUCAUCAUGCAGCCUUUGGUGAUGAAGGAGCUGUGAUAGAAGUUUUACAUAGAGGCAGUGCAGAUCUCAAUGCUCGCAAUAAGCGUAGACAGACACCACUUCAUAUUGCUGUGAAUAAAGGUCAUCUCCAAGUUGUGAAGACGUUACUGGACUUUGGUUGCCAUCCUAGUCUCCAGGAUUCUGAGGGUGAUACUCCUCUGCAUGACGCAAUAAGCAAAAAGCGUGAUGACAUUUUAGCAGUCCUUCUGGAAGCUGGAGCAGAUGUCACUAUUACAAAUAACAAUGGAUUUAAUGCUCUUCAUCAUGCUGCAUUACGGGGAAAUCCAAGUGCAAUGCGAGUGUUACUGUCUAAGCUUCCAAGACCAUGGAUUGUAGAUGAAAAAAAAGAUGAUGGAUACACUGCUUUGCAUUUGGCAGCACUUAAUAAUCAUGUAGAAGUAGCAGAACUUUUGGUUCAUCAGGGCACAGCUAACUUGGAUAUUCAGAAUGUAAAUCAACAAACUGCACUGCACCUUGCUGUUGAAAGACAGCACACUCAAAUAGUGCGGCUUCUAGUUCGUGCGGGCGCUAAAUUGGAUAUUCAGGAUAAAGAUGGGGAUACUCCCCUGCAUGAGGCCCUGCGACAUCAUACUUUGUCGCAGCUUCGCCAGCUCCAAGACAUGCAAGAUGUGGGCAAGGUAGAUACAGCUUGGGAGCCCUCCAAGAAUACAUUGAUAAUGGGAUUGGGGACUCAGGGAGCAGAGAAGAAAAGUGCAGCAUCUAUUGCUUGUUUCCUGGCAGCCAAUGGAGCUGACCUUGGUAUUCGUAACAAGAAGGGCCAGUCACCGCUUGACUUAUGUCCUGAUCCUAGCCUCUGUAAAGCAUUGGCUAAAUGCCACAAAGAAAAAAUCAGUGGGCAGGUUGGUUCCCGGAGUCCUUCUAUGAUCAGCAAUGAUUCCGAAACCUUAGAAGAAUGUAUGGUAUGUUCUGACAUGAAGAGAGAUACUCUAUUUGGGCCAUGUGGGCACAUUGCUACUUGUUCCUUGUGUUCACCAAGAGUCAAGAAAUGCCUCAUUUGCAAAGACCAUGUUCAAUCAAGAACAAAGAUUGAAGAAUGUGUUGUAUGCUCAGAUAAAAAAGCUGCAGUACUCUUUCAGCCUUGUGGACACAUGUGUGCUUGUGAAAGGAUGAAGAUGAUAAUGAUGAUUCUUCAAGCAUUGUCUGUCAUUAUUUCCUCCUCUGUGCAUUAUUUAGCAAGUGGAAACAUUCCUGUUAUGCAGAAGGAUAAGGAUAAUACUAAUGUCAAUGCUGACGUGCAGAAAUUACAGCAGCAGUUGCAAGACAUAAAGGAACAGACCAUGUGCCCUGUAUGCUUGGACCGCCUGAAGAAUAUGAUCUUUCUCUGCGGUCAUGGAACCUGUCAGCUUUGUGGGGAUCGAAUGAGUGAAUGUCCUAUCUGUCGAAAGGCUAUUGAACGAAGAAUUCUUUUGUAUUAAAAUGUCAAGUGUCUUAUGCUUGUGACAUUAUGACUACAUUUUGCUUUUUGGAUCCCCAUAAAUUAGUAUGAAAGGUAGUUGUAAAGAUAUGUCUAGCAUUACAGGAAGAGUUACAUUGUAAAUGCUGAUGUCUACAACACAGAUUAUUAUUUGCACAAUCAACUUCUACCAUGAAGAAAUUUAAAGUAAGAUUGGAUUACUUAUCAACACAGUUUGUUUAUAUCUUCUUCUCCAGAACCCCUUUAUGUUAAAGGGAUAAUCCUGAUUUUCUAGCUUGGCAUUUUUGUUUUACACGUAGACUCUUAAUUUCAAUGAUAUUAAUUUUUAUAAUGUCAGUUGCUUUUGUGUACAAAUAUUUUUAAUUUUCUAAUUUUCAUAGUAAUAAUGUCGGUCAAAC